AUGCGUUUCCAUUUUUUGAACUUGAACUUUGGUGUGAGUGUAGUUUUCACUACAAGAAAAAGGGGAGUACGCGGCAGUUUGUUUCCGGCGUUUGUACAAAACCCCACCUCCGUCGACCUCACCAUCGACUUUAUAUCCUGCGUCGGCCGGCCGAUCUACUGUUUGUACCCCUUAUCUACCUUUUUUUUUUUUCUCUUCGUUUCAAGGUAACCCUAAAUCGUUCUUUAAACCGUGCGAAUCAGACCUUAAUCGAAGCCUAUUGAGUUGAUUCGAAGGCUGCUGUCUCUGUCUCGAGCCUAGUUGUACCUGAUUCGAGGAUAAUCGAGUCCUAAUCUACAUCUUUGGUUUACGAAAUCGAGUUGGGUCGAAGUUUUAAGCCCUAAUCAGAUUCCCGAAGUUAUUCCGAGUGGAUUUCGACCCACAAGCAAGGAUUUCGACCCCUUUUCUGCGUGCAACUAUGGAUUUCGCGCAACUUGUCUGAUUGGGGACAUUUCGAACCAGAUUAGAGCCUUUCAACUUCGAUCUUCUUCAGCUGCAGGCCAAACACGAGGAAGGUGCAACUAGUGGGAGAUAACUAGAGAUUGAGGUUACAUGGAACGCUUCUACAAUGCUAGGUGACGAACUGCUUUAGUGGUUGGAGAUGAGUACCUAUUAUGCUUGAGAAAAAAGAUGAUUGGGAGAUUGUGUUUGAUAAAGGCGCGCGGGGCACUGUUUAUUUUGGGGACUUAGUGUUUAUUUUCUUUGACUUGUUUGUCUUUUUUUCCCUUGACUGUAUUUUAUUGAGUAUGAUUACAUAUGAACAUGAAUUUGGAUUGCAAAAGUAUGAAUUAUUGUUUCUAUUGUUUCUUUUUGCUAGUAUAUAUGGAUUCUAAAGUUUUGUUGUUUGGAUAUCAACAGCAUUCUUGCAGUUUUUUUAAAAAAAUAAAAUAAAAAAUUCCCGGCAUUUUUGUAAACCCCGGUAAAACCCACCCUGCCGGAAUCGAAAAAGUCACAACCUUGGACUUUUCCCGGUGUUUUUGUAAACUCCGGUAAAUCUCUGCCGGAAUCGGAAAAAGUCGCCGGCCUUGGACUUUUCCCCGGGGUUUUUGUAAACGCUGACAGUAGUAAUAAAAACGCUGGCGAACAUUACCGGCAUUUAUCAAACACCGGGAACUAUUCCCGACAUCGGCAGUCGUGGCGUUCACUAAAAACGCCGGGGGAAACGCCGGGAAGACUUUUGCCGGCGUUUAUAAAACGCUGGGAAGGCCAAGAUUUCUUGUAGUGUGCUACUUUCUUUGUGGAUCUUGAUCUGAUAAUCUACUAUGAUAUUCUGAAAUUUGAAUAAGGAUUGGGUUUUGCUUUUCGCCAUGCUAUACCACAUUUUGGUCUUGUUAUGUAGCAUUCAUAAUGGCAUAGCUGCUGGGUGCUUUUGCCUUCCCUACACCGGCUACCCUACAAGAUUCAAUUCAAUGCUUUGUAGAUGCCAAGCUAUUGCAAGGACAUCAGAAUGGAGAAAUUUGUUUGAACAUCAGGUUUUUGUUCAAUCUCAAUAAUCUUAGUCUGUGUGAUAUUUUCAGAUUAUUAUAAUCUCACGAAAUGCCGCGAAAGCUAACCAGGCGCCACCGAUUUUCAAAACCUCGGCCUUUCACGUUCUCCCCAUUUGCUCGAUCAGCGGCACAAGUUGCUAUGGCAUUCAAGGUCAAGCGUCAGAUCCAGAACUCCAAGUUUCAAAGAAAAUCUUCCCCGACUUCUGCAGGUGGCAAGUUUCCAUUUGACGCUUCAAAAGAUAAGAAGAGCGAAUCUGGAUCUUCUGACGAAGGAGAGUUUGAAGGAGUUGUUCAAGCAGACUUUGCUUUCUUUGAUCCCAAACCUGACGACUUCCAUGGAGUGAAGGGCCUGCUGCAGACAUACAUUGACAAUAAGCAAUGGGAUCUGAGUGGUUUUGUGGACCUGAUUUUGGGGCAGACCACAGUAGGUACCAUAGUUAAAAUUGAGGACGAUGAAGAUGAUACACCUUAUUCUCUAGUUACUGCUCUUAACUUGGGAAGAUACAAGGAUCAUAGAUGUAUGAAGGAACUCAAAGAGUAUUUGCUUAAAGUAUGCAAGGAAGAGGAUGUACUAAAUAACUUGAGAUCAUUUUUGGGAGCGCAAGCACAAAAUGUUGGGCUCUUGGUUUCUCAGAGGGUUGUAAAUCUUCCUCCCCAGCUUUUGCCGCCUCUUUAUGAUGCCCUCUUUGACGAAGUCUCGUGGGCUACAGAAGAUGAGCCGACAAAGGAGCUUAGGAAGUCCUUCUGCUUUAAGCACUAUGUAUUGGUCACCAAAAUCUAUGAGCAUAAGAAUGCUGGCCAGAAAGAGGGGGCAAGUAGUAGCAUUGACGAAGCUAUAAUCUACACUAAGCCAGAAGAUGAAAUUAUUCACCAGCUCAGUUCAUGGUCCUUCAGGUUCCCAUUACUUACUCAGCAGCUUCCAACACAUGAGCUAAGAAGUUACCGGUUAGUGGGUUUACUUAUGGCCUUAGAAGCAGAAAAAGUUCCUACAUUCCGGCAACAGUUGCAUUCUUUGAUAAAUGAAUCAUGAUGCCAUCAAAAGGUGCUCCAUUUUAUGAACGCUGUUGUUGUUUUUUCAUCCGACACAUCUUCGCUAUAAUUUUGGCGAUUCCAGCUUAUCAUCAUCUUUGGGGGAUUUCUUUGGUGACCGUGAUGGUAUUUUGAAUAGGCCGGAUGCCUUAAAUUUUGUUUUUCAUCUUCCUGUACUCAAAGGAGCAUUGCUUUUAUGAUAGUUUCUUCUUUAUUUAUCUUAGAAACAGAUGUUAGUAAAUUUCUUUUAUUUCUGUACUUAAAAGGAGAAAUGUGAAGGAAACAUGGCAAUGUUCUUUCAAUCCUCCACUUGGCAACAGAAAAAUUGUAUUUCCAUCCUUGUAGUUUAUGCUGAUGGCAGUGUUUUUUUUUCCCUUCCA